AUGAUAAAGGAAUUCAACACCCAAGCAGAGUUCAGAGUGGGGUUGGAAACCCUUUGGGCAGCUCUGUCCAAAGAUUUCAUUACCAUAGUUCCAAAAGUUCUCCCUAAUAUUGUGAAAGAUGUGCAAGUGAUUGAAGGUGAUGGAGGGGUUGGUACAAACCUCAUCUUUAAUUUUUUGUCUGAUGUAUCUCCAGUAAGUUACCAGAGAGAGAAGAUCACAGAGCUUGAUGAGUUCUCGCAUGAAAUUGGCCUGCAAGUGAUUGAAGGAGGGUAUCUGAAUAAAGGAUUGUCAUACUACAAAACAAGUUUUCAACUAUCUGAAAUAGGAGAGCAUCAGACUUUGGUCAAAGUGAAGGUAUCUUACGACCAUGAAUCCCACAUUGAAGAAAGCAUCAAACCCAUGAAGACAUCAGAGUCCACUUUAUUCUAUCUUAGGUGCCUAGAAAAAUAUCUGAUGAAUGGCACUUGAUGAUAAUUUUGUCAAAUCAAUAAUCUGGGGCCACUUAUUCUACCUUUGGUUUUCAAAAGUGUUUUACUAUUUUAAGUAGCAAAAUAAAAGUCAUGUUGACUGGUUUCUGAAAUACGAUUUCAGCUGCCUUUAA